AUGACCGACCCGUUUUCGAUUGUCACUGGGGUUGCUGGUCUUCUUUCCCUGGCCGGCACCGUCAUCAGCCAAUGCUAUUGUUAUGGCUGUGCGGUGGCUGAGGCUCCGGAUGAAGCAAGGCGACUGGUGUCUGAAGUCACCAGUCUGAAUGGCAUCUUAUUAGGUGUACAGGGACUGGCUGCCCAAAUGGACAUACCAGAAUAUCAGCUAGAGUCGGCACUGAAGGACUGCAAGCUUGUGCUAGAAAGCGUGUCAACGAAGUUGCACAUGUUCUCCCCUGCGUCAAGCAAAUCGCCAGGUAAACGCGCAAUCAAUCGCCUGCUCUGGCCACUCCGCAAGAACGAGACUCAGGAAUUUAUCACAGCCGUCGAGAGACACAAAAACUCAAUAUCCCUCUCUCUAAACUCGCUUUCAGUGGAAGCGCUUAUGAACCAGAGUGCAACUCUGGAGACUGUCUCAGAGACCCUAACAGAGAUUAAAUACAACAAUGCAGAGCAGGAACGAAGAGACAUCUUCCACUGGCUCUGCGAGCAUCAUUAUGAAGCCCAAUUUGAGCGCGCAUACCAGCUUUAUUGCUCCAACACAUGCAACUGGCUCCUCAAUGAUCCUGCAUUUCUGGACUGGUCCAAAGCCAGAUCUUCUCUGCUCUGGAUGCACGGCCAGGCAGGUUCUGGGAAGACUAUAGCCACAAGCUACCUCAUCCAUCACCUGAUGGACACAAAAACGGCGGACUGCCUAUUGGCCUAUUUUUACUACGAUGCAAGUACGAUUGAAAGUCUGACAUCAGAGACUUUCUUUGGUGCCAUUGUCAAACAGUUCUGCUCAGAACUCUCACAACUGCCUGACCAACUUGUUGAUACCUAUAGGCGAGCUUCAAGUCGUCUCGGGAGCCCCAAACAACCAAAUCUAACCGAGUUGAAGUUGUUUCUGCAGCUACUGCUAGAAAGUACGCAUUCGGCAACAAUUUUCAUUGACGGUCUAGACGAGUCCCCCAAUUACUCCGUGGUAUGCGACUUUCUGACUUCAAUCGUGUCAUCCGGCAGAUACCCCCUACGUGUUUUCAUCAGCAGUCGACCGGAGGUACACUUGCGUCGAUAUCUCGUUAGAUUCCCAGACAUUCCUGUCCCCGAAGAAGCGACUGAACAGGAUAUCAGUGUAUACAUCAAGAUGAGAAUACAUACUGACCCAAGGCUUCGGCGCAUGAGCGAGAAGAUGAAGGAUCUUGUCGAGCUAACCCUGCGAACAGAUUCUCAUGGAAUGUUUCGCUGGGUACAAUGCCAACUAGACGAAAUGUCGAGGCUGAGGACCGAUGCUGCUUUGAAGCAAGCGCUCAAUCAGCUCCCCCCUGGCAUCGAAGACUCAUAUUUGCGAAUCCUCGACAGUAUUGCUCGUGAAGAUAUUUCGUUUGCGACACGGACGCUAUUGUGGCUUGCUCAUGCCUCUACACCGCUGACCCUAACGGAGCUAGCUGAAGCUGUGGUUCUUGAGCCUGACUUUGACGAAUUGGAUCCGGACUCGACACUCAAUGAUCCAAGCGAUGUUCUCGAAAUCUGCCGCAGUCUGAUCGCCUUCAAUCCUGUUUCACAGACAGUCCGCAUUGCCCAUCACUCCGUUCGAGAGUAUCUCACUGGGCGACUCGAUCAGGCCUCUGAGUUCUAUAUUCCUGCACAAGCGUCGCACCGCACCAUAGCGGAUGCUUGCAUUCGCUACCUGCUUCUUGAAGACUUUUCAGCUGGGCCGUUGUUCAGAGCAGACUUCAUGUGGACACUCUCAGCGUUCCCUCUUCUCCGAUAUGCGGCUCAGAAUUGGCCAUUUCAUGUGCAGAUGUCGGGCGCGGAGACUGAGUUACUUCCUCUCAUUCGAAGAUUAUUGACCACGCAUUCAAACCCCAAAUUUCUCUUCUGGCUCCAAGUUGUCCUCUUUGACUCGUGGCAUGGCUACCUUCACCCUAACACGGACCUGGAAAUCGCUAGGCCUCUCUACUAUGCUGCAUCCUACGGCUUGGCAGAGACUGUGAGAAGUCUUGCGCAAGCGGGCGCUGAUCUAGACGAACGGGCUGGCAGAUAUGGCGGUACAGCGCUACAUGCUGCCGUGUGGCGGAAGCAACCAGAAAUAAUCGAUGUUCUUGUAGAAGCUGGCGCCGACCCAACGAUGACAGACUACAACGGAGUUACACCAGCCGAACUCUCUCUAUUCAGCGGGACAAAGUUCUACAAAAAUAUUUACAGGGAGAAGCGCGCCAAGGGAAGCCUGGCACCCUUGGUUGAAAGCGUCCUCCGGUUACGAGAAAAAGAGCUCGCCGUGUCCACGGCCAUGACUGUCCAGGGGUUCAAGUCUGACCAGGAUGACGGCCCGAAACCAGGCGUUGUCACACUUCGAGUGAUCAACGAGACUUUGGAUGAUAAGCAUUCAGUCAGUCAUAACCCGGCGGAGCUGUACUUGCCAUCUAUACCGACAGGAACCGUCCAGCGCUCUGAAGGAAGUUGA